AAUAGAGGACUUGGGAAAUGAGUCGGCACUGGAUGAAGAUCUGGAUCCUGGCAUCAUGGCAAUGACUUUGGCAGCCCUGCUGGUGCUCUAUGCACUAAUACCUUCCGGGUUUUCAAUCUCCUGCAUCAAAUGUAUCGAUUUGAGGGGAAACUACUGCUCAGGAGAAACGGUGACCUGCCCUUCAGGAUAUAGUUGUGCCACGGCACUGACUGAAUCAACGCUAACUUCCCCCGGAGUCACUGGGAUGUCCAUAUUUGCGCGAGGAUGUGUCCCCAAUAACCAAUGCGAGAAAACUGGAAGCGUAACAUCUACAGACGCCAACGUCAGAACCGCAACUUUGUGCUGCGACUACGACAACUGUGAGACUCGCGUACCCACAUUGCCGGAACCGAGUUUUGUGCCGAAUGGCCUGACGUGUAGCAGCUGUUCCACGAUUUCUAGUGAUGAUUGUAGACCUUCCAGCACCCUGCAGUGUACCGGCAGCGAGACAAAAUGUGGACGCCUGUCUUCGUCUAUUGGAGGACAUUUGUCCUCCUUUCUCGGCUGUGCCACGCCAAGCGUGUGUGACCUGCUCGGAAACCAGCAGACGACAUUCGCCUCGGGUGUAGGGGUGCGCUUGAGAACCACUUGCACCAAUGGCGGCUUUUAUCACCACGGUUCAUUUUAUCUGUCCCCCCUCAUUUUCCUCUUAUUAAAAGUCUUGCUAUAAA